AUGGGGCCUCCGCCGGCGUCGCCAUGGGGCCGCCCGCCUCCUGCAUCGGCUCUCGCGGGCUCGAGCGCCGCCCAUGCAUCAUCUGCAUUUCCUGACCUGGCGUCUGCACAGCACAUGGCGCGCACGCGCCGCUCGCGCGCGGCGCGCGCCACCUGGGAUGACCAAGUGACCUCGUCGUUCGAGCCGUAUCCUUCGCGUGUCGACGAGAUGAAUGCGCGCGCCAGUGCAUGGCGGCGCGCUGGGCGCUCGUCGCGCUCGAUCGUGUUCCGCCCGGACGACGCCGAGCUUCCCGAGGCGCCCGCGCACGCCGACUUCGACCCCGAUGCGCCUACGCUGGGCGCUGCGCCCCGGACGGACCGGCUCCCUGCGCCCCGCGCCCUCCAUGGCAUGGCCAGCAUCACGGUGCGCGAUCGGUCGCAUGGUCCGCAGCUCGGCGCAUGGGCCUCCAUGUUUCAUACACGCAGCACGGGCUCGACGGCGCCGCAGAUCGCCGCGCAUCGCCUGCAGGCUGCGCCACCCACGGAGCCGGCGCCCAGGGCGGCGCUUGCCCACGAGGGUGCCGCACCUGCGGCGCCCGAGGCACUGGAAGUGCCCGAGCAGUGGAUCAGCUCGCCAGCCGGGCUCUCUAUGGCAUCCCAGUCGGACACUGCUGUCCCAGCGCUAUGCGGCGCGCUGCAAUCGGACAUACUCCCGCCGGAGGUGCGGCACGACAUGCGCGAGCGGCUCGCGCCCUUGCUCAUCCAUUGCGCGGCACAGUACGCGGCGAACCCCACGCAGGCGGUCGUAUGGACGGCGCUCGAGCUCGGCAGCUGCCUGGGCCGCGACGUGCUGGCUGCCUGGGCGCCACACGUAUCUGCAUCGCAUCCCUGUGCGCUCGAGCCGCGUCGCUGGGCGACAGUCGUCGAUGGCCUGACCGGCGCGCUCAGCUGGCACACGAGCCAGUACCUGUGCCAUGGCCACGCCCUGCCGAUGCCGCUGAUCCAUGCGUUGUCCGUGGCUUGGGCCGUGAACCAAGCGCGUGCGGCGCCACUGCCUGCGGCGCAGUUCGCCGUUGCGGCCACGUCACUUCCCCCGAUUGUCCGCGAGUAUGAGGCGUAUCUGCGCGCGCCCCCUACGGGCUCGGCGCUCAUGACGCGGCCGUGGCUGCUCACCCUUACGGCCAAGGCCCAGAUCAUCGCAUGGGAGGCACAGGGUGCGAUGCGCCAGGCCUCGCACGACGCAUGGGCCGACGAAGUGGUGCCAGGCCACGCGCCGGACGCGACGGUCGGGACUUGGCGCGUGUCGGUGGCGCGCGCCACGCUGUUGGACGACUCGCUCGCGGCGGUCGCUGCGGCGCCUGCGCAUGCGCUGCAUCGCCCGCUCCAGGUGACGUUCCGCGACGAGCCAGCGCAGGACGCGGGCGGCCUGCGCAAAGAGUGGCUGCAGCUGCUGUGCGAAGCGCUGCAGCGCGAGCCGGUAUGGACAGACCUAGGCGCCAGUGAGCCGCACAUGCAGGGCCUGCUGUACCUGCGUGCUGCCCUGCCGGACGAGCAGCUCGCGAAGCUCGAGCUGCUCGGCACAGCCCUGGGCCUCGCACUCUUCCACCAAAUCACGCUGCCGCUGCACUUUCCGCGGGCGCUGUAUGUGCUUCUCCUUGCACUGAGCCAGGGGCACGCGGCACCGUGCAAUCUCGCGACGCUCGCGCACCUCAAGCCAGCACUUGCCGCAGGCCUCGCGCGCGUGCGCAAGCUGGACGCGGCGGAGCUCGCCGAGGCGCACCUCACGUGGCAGAUGGAUGCGCCGAGCGGCUCGACGGAGCUGGUGCCGCUCGGCAGCACGCGCGUUGUGCGUGUGGACGACCGCGACGCCUACGUGGCGCGGGUCUGCGCGCAUGUGCUCCUGGACGAGGUGCGUGCGCCCUGGGCCGCACUCGCACGCGGCUUUGCGCGCAUCGUUGCGCCGGCCGGCGGCGCGCCGUCGCCCCUCGCGCUCCUCUCGGCGGCCGAGCUCGAGCUGCUGCUGUGUGGGCGCGAAGAGCGCGAGCUGGAUCUACAGGCCCUACGCGCGAGCACCGAGCAUGUGGGCUUCCCGGAUCGAGACGCCGCGGGCGCGCCGCGCGUGUACCGCAACCUGGAGCACUUCUGGGGCGUGUGGGCGCGCCUGCCGCCGGACGAGCAGCAUGCGCUCCUCGGCUUUAUCACGGGGUGUGUGCGUGUGCCCGCGCUGGGCGCGUCGGCGCUGGGCCUGCGCAUCCAGCACGUCGAUCCAUCGGCCGCGAGCGAGGCGCGCGUGCCGUGGAGCAGCACCUGCACAUCGACGCUCUUCUUGCCCGUCUAUGGCGACGCGGCUCUGCUCGAGGCCAAGCUACGGAUCGCACUACGGCACAGUACAGGCUUUGGGCUUGGCUAG